AUGCAUAUUGUUACUGAUGUUAGAAGAAAAUUAUUUGAUUUGACUCCUUUUCUGGAAUCUGAUGACAGUGAUGACACUGAUUCAGCACAUAUUGAGAAUGAUGGAUUAUCAGAUGGUAUAAAAUCUGAUGAUAAUGAUCAUGAUGAUGACACAGAUUUAGCAAAAAUUGAAAGUGAUGGACUAUCAAAAGGAAAAUUAUUUGAUUUGACUCCUUUUCUGGAAUCUGAUGACAGUGACGACACUGAUUCUGCAAAGGUUGAAAAUGAUGGAUUAUCAAAAGGAAAAUUAUUUGAUUUGACUCCUUUUCUGGAAUCUGAUGACAGUGACGACACUGAUUCAGCAAAGGAAAAUGAUGGAUUAUCAAAAGUAUCAUUGACAAAUAAUAGCAUUGAUGAGAAUACAGAUGAUGAAAGUGAUGAUACUGAUGAUGAUAAUACAACAUCUUAUUGUUUGCAGUCCUAUGAAGAUGAAAAUUUUGAGAAAAUUGUUAGUUUUGUUAAGAAACUGUAA